AUAAAUUAAUUUGUGCUCCACAUGGUGAAUCUAUAAAUACAACGUCUUGCGUGUUUAUCGGAACAACUGAGAUUUUAGCAAAUGUUUGCAAUGACAAACAAAUUUGUGCGAUCACGGCCAGUAAUACGGUAUUUAAUAACGAAUGUCCAGAUGUUUAUAAAUAUUUAGAUGUUGAAUAUGUUUGUAAAGAUGAAUACUGCACUGCUCCAAUAACUACUCCCAUUCCUCAAACAUCAACGGCUACGACAGACAGUAGUGCAUCUACAACUGUUGGAACUACUACAGUUUCUACUACACCAUCAAGUGGUAAUGUUUGUCAAGUUUUCACUCAACAGGCCUGUGAACACGAAAGUUUAAAGAUUGCUUGCAAUUCAGGAACAAUUCGGAUUCUAAAUGCUAAUUAUGGUAGAAAUAGUUUAGAUCAAUGCGCUACACCUGGAAAAAUGUCUAAUACGUCUUGUUUUAAUCCUCUAAGUACUAAAAUUGUACAACAAAGUUGUGAUGGUACAGAAUCCUGCAGUAUAAACGCUGAAAAUGUAAUAUUUUCAGACCCUUGUAGAAAUACUUUUAAAUAUCUAGUUGUUAAUUAUAUUUGUGUUGAUGACUGCAUAUACCCAGGAUCAGAUACAUCUACUACAGAGUCUUCAAUUUCAUCAACAACUACAGCAAAAUCAACCCCAAUCAUUACCACAGUUACCCCUACAGAAUAUUGUUCCGUUUCUUCUCAGCUCACAUGUGAGAAUACCAAUCUAAAACUAAAGUGUGACGUUGGAGUUAUUGAAAUUGUUGGAGCAAAUUAUGGUAGAACAAACAGUACUACAUGCCCUGGACAAAUACUCACCACGUCUUGCUACGACAAGAAUUCUUACACAAUUGUUUCACAAACUUGUAAUGGAGCUCAAGUAUGUUAUUUACCAGCAUCAAAUGAGAAGUUCACAGAUCCAUGUGUAAAUACGUAUAAAUAUUUAGAAGUAGAAUACGUUUGUAAAGUUGAUACAUGUGCCGUAACACCACUUCCUACCAGUGCAAUUAGUACUACUACAACAGCCAUAACAACAAUCACCCCCACUGCUGGGGAUAAAGUCAUCGUUUGUGAGCAACAUGAACUUGUUUUACAAUGUCCGUAUGGCACUAUAAAAAUAACAGAAGCAAACUAUGGAAGAACAAAUGCACAGGAUUGUCCAGGCAGUCAGACCUCCAAUAUUAACUGUAUAAAUACUGGCACUAAAGCAGUAAUAGUUGAUAGAUGUGAUGGAUUAACUAGCUGCAGUAUUUAUGCCAACAACUCCUACUUUACAGACGAGUGUCAAGGAACUAGUAAAUAUUUAGAAGUCGAUUACACUUGCCAACCAGCAACUACAACACCAAGUUCCAACGAUGGUGGCACAUACACAGCAUGUCAAGACGAUGAACUUGUUUUAAAAUGUGCUUAUGGAACCAUUAGCGUUGAAUCAGCUAACUAUGGAAGAGAAAGUUCCACUACAUGCCCUGGAGGCAAUGUUACCAAUACCAAUUGCAUUAACACUGCUACAACAACAUUAAUGAAAUUGCGCUGCAAUAAUAAAACUGAAUGUUCAGUAUAUGCCAACGACAAUUAUUUCCAGGAUGUGUGUCCUGGCAUAAGUAAAUAUUUGCAAGUUACAUAUAGUUGUACAGGUGGAGCUGGUACCACUUCGAUUUCGACCACAACUCCAUCAUCAUCAGCUGCAACACAAGCGACAAUAUGUCCAAAUAGUUUGCUUGCAAUGAAAUGUCCAACUGGUACUAUUCAAAUAAUUUACGCAAAUUACGGACGUGCAAGCUCAACGAUUUGUCAAACAGGAAACUACCAAAACACAAAUUGUAUUUUGGACAAUAGCACCAGCAUUGUGGCAUCUGUAUGCGAUGGAAAAACUUUUUGCGAUAUCAGUGCUAGUGAAUCCAAUUUCCCAGAUAUAUGUCCUGGUACCAGCAAGUAUUUAGAAGUCGAAUAUACAUGUGAAGAACCUGUCACGACAGUUGCACCAUCCACCUCAGUUAUAACACCGUGCGAAAAUAGUGUUGUCGCAUUGAAUUGUCCUUACGGUACUAUCCAAAUUUCAAAUGCCAAUUAUGGACGAUUAAGUACAUCGAUUUGCCAGAAAGGAAACUACCAAAGCACAAAUUGUAUUUUACCAAAUACUACAAGUAUCGUGAGCUCACUUUGCAAUGGGCAAAUUACAUGCAUACUUGAUGUUACUGAUUCAACAUUUGCAGACGUGUGUCCGACCGUCAGUAAAUAUCUAGAAGUUGAAUACGUAUGUACAGAAAAUUCUAGUCAAACAGAUAGUUCAGUUUCAACGACUACUGUUAAAGCUGUUACACCCAAUCCCACUUUAGGCAAUAGUACCACAUGUUACCUUGAAAAACAAUAUUUGAGCUGCCCAUUAGGGAAAACUAUCAAAAUACUUAAUGUUUUCUAUGGAAGAGCUUCACAAAAUAUUUGUUACGAUAUAUUAGACAACCAUAAUGGAGUAACUUGUGACGGCUCCUCUACCGCGUUAAAUAUUAUUGAAAAUUUGUGUACUGGAAACCAAUAUUGCAAAAUUCCAGUACUUCAGUCAAUACUGGGUAAACCAUGUGGAUUAUUGGAAGCUAUUCAUCCGUACCUCUCUUUAGAAUAUGAAUGCGUUUAAAACUGCCAGGGAUUUAAACUUAAUAUGUAAUGUGAACAUAUUUAGAAGAGUCGUUUUAAAAUAAAAUUAUAAUAAUCAA